CUCCCCUCCGCCACCCGCCUGCUUGUCAAAGCGAACCUCCUCCUCCGCUUACUUGUCCCCUCCCAGCGGGUCUCCCUCCCUUAGCCACUGCAGUGUGAAAGCCUCGCUAAAGGAGAGAGAGUCGGCGAAGAGAGCUCGAAGCUGGGUAUAAAGCCAGGACAUAGACCCGAGAGAGCGCCGUACGCGUAUUUUUAUUUUUUUUUUUUUAGUAUUUCUCGCCACAGCUCGGCGGCCUACCGACUCCUGCUGAACCUCCUUUUCCGUUACAUCGCCUGGAUUUCAUCAUCCGACCUGCAAGAUGGGAAAUGAAGCCAGCUACCCCCUGGAAAUGUGCUCACAUUUCGAUGCUGAUGAGAUUAAGAGGCUAGGGAAGAGGUUUAAGAAACUCGACCUAGAUAACUCCGGCUCACUCAGCGUGGAGGAGUUCAUGUCUCUGCCGGAGCUGCAACAGAACCCGCUGGUGCAGAGGGUUAUCGACAUAUUCGACACGGACGGGAACGGGGAGGUGGACUUUAAAGAGUUUAUCGAGGGAGUCUCGCAGUUCAGUGUCAAUGGAGACAAGGAACAGAAGCUUCGGUUCGCUUUCAGGAUCUACGACAUGGACAAGGAUGGCUACAUCUCCAACGGCGAGCUUUUCCAAGUACUGAAGAUGAUGGUAGGCAACAACCUGAAGGACACGCAGCUCCAGCAGAUCGUGGACAAGACCAUUAUCAACGCAGACAAGGACGGAGACGGCAGGAUAUCCUUUGAAGAGUUCUGUGCAGUGGUCGGCGGGCUCGAUAUACACAAAAAGAUGGUGGUGGACGUGUGAGCGCGCUCCGCCUGCUGAAUCCCCCCCUUUGUCCUCAAACACUCGCUUUCUCCACCAUCUCUGAAGAUCUGCUCAAGACGUCCGGCAAAACGCUCUCUGUGUAACUCAAUGGAAGUAUUCUCUCUCUCUCUCUCUCUCUCUCUCUCUCUCUUUCUUUCUUUACUUCUCUUUCUUUCUCUGUGAAGCCACUUUUUGUUUUCUUUAUAAAAACCACAGGCCUCGUGAAGCCAACUUUGAAGUGUUAUUGAACUGUAAAUCCUCUCAAUAACCCGGUCGUAGCACUUUAAGAGACUGAAGGACAUCUAUUUGUCAUUUGCAAGAGCAUCUCCGGUUUUGGAUGAGGGGGGAGGAAGGGAGUAGAGGGGGAGCGUUGAAGAGGCUGGUUGGCUUGUUCAUAUUUCAUCCUUUUUCUUUUCUUUUCUUUUCUUUUUUUUUUUUUUGUUAAUUGUUAUUUUUGAUAUUUAUUUUUUGUUCUUGUCUUUUAUAAAGAAGAAAAAAAAAUACAAGUAUAUCUACGGUUGUCUCACGAGGGGAAGUGUGUAGUGUUAACACUUGACUUGCAGUACGACUAGAAAGUAGGGUAUGAAGUGCCAACCAGAACAUAUCCAGGAAACCAGUUCAAGUUAUUACCUAUCAUCAGCGCUCCGACCGGCCCGUGACACUUCCACCUGCGAGUCACGUUAGAUGCAAGACAAACUUCACAUCUUCUUUCAUUUAGUUUCUUUUUCUUUUUGUUUUUCUUAAAGCUUACACACACGCAGUUUGGACAGACCAGUAACGCUUCCAGUCGACUCGUAAAGCAACGCAACUCAUGUUUUUCUUUUUUGUAAUAAGAUUGCUAGUUCUAUUUAUACGUAAGAAUGUGUUUAUAUUGUUGGAGAUUAUCCUUGUUUCCUGUCAUGAAAUUAUAGGGUAGGUUAAUUAAUGCCAAGAAAAUGUCUUUCCAAAAAAAAAAAAAAAAAAAAGAAGAAGAAAAGAAAAAAAGAAUUUGUGGCUGCAAACUGAUCCGUGGUUUACUCUUUGGAGAAGCUUUUUUUUUUUUGCAUUUAACAGUGUGCAUCCAUGAGACAAUCUCCAAUGCAAAGAAUAGCUCUGCACUCACGCUGGCUCCGACACUCCAGUGGAAUCAAGACUUCUUUAACCGUUAGGGACAGAGGCUGGACUGACCGCACUUGGCUAAGAACUCAAAGCGAGUGAAGAAAGGUGAGAUUAUACACUGUUUGUGCAAAGAUAUAGCAAUUUAAGAGACUUAUCUGCAGGCAGCGUUUUGUUUUUUUAAUGAAAAAGAAAAACCAAUAUGUGUAUAUUAGGUGAUUAGUGUGUGCUCGUCUUAUUUAACAGCGAGGAGAGAAGGCAACACGAGCCCCUCUGACAGUCUCAGUACCGUACGGGUCAGACUUUUCUGCAACACUUCAAAUCUUAACACGUUGGCAUGGUCAGUGUGCAAUGAGGCAGGCUGUUUAUUCUAGUUUUUUAGGGUUUUUUUUUUUUUUUUUUUUUUUUUUUGGAACGUGUACAUUUCAAAAGUUGGCUUCUUCUCCCACUUCUUUUAUUUCUGCCACAAUCACCUCAUUUUCUCCCCUCCCACCCAACAACUCAAACAAACAGGGAGGAAAGACAAAGGAAAAACCAACCAAAAUUUCAAGUUUUAAAGGGGAA